UUCCCAAAAACUUAAAGAAGCUCUUCCUGAUCAGGACUCUCCUUACGACGUUUUACGACAAUGCCGUGCGUCAAUACGCCGUCGUUACCGACUGAAGUGCGUCUCUUUGGAGCAGAUACCGGCUGGGAGAAACGCAGCAACAAGAAAAAGGUAUAUAUAUCCGGGCUCGUUUCUACCUGGACGGUCUCGGAUAACCGCGAAUCCCCUCCGGAACAUCCGAUUUGACACAAAACCUCGAUGUGGAGGCUGGGUUAAAGGAAGAAAAGGCCACGCUGGGGAAGGCAACUAGCUGAAAUAUCAAACCGAGCUCGUUGCAAGAGCCCAGUUGCCUCCCAAGCGAAGCUUUAAAUAAGGAAGGAGCGCGUACGUUUAGCCCAAACAGUGGUGAAAAUGGACUAUGACUUUAAAGUGAAGCUGACCGGCGAAAGAGAACGUGUCGAGGACCUGUUCGAGUACGAAGGAUGCAAAGUGGGAAGAGGCACCUACGGUCAUGUGUACAAGGCGAAGAGAAAAGAUGGGAAGGAUGAUAAGGACUACGCCCUCAAGCAGAUUGAAGGCACUGGCAUCUCCAUGUCAGCCUGCAGAGAGAUCGCACUGCUGCGGGAGCUGAAGCACCCCAAUGUCAUCUCCCUGCAGAAGGUUUUCCUGUCACAUGCUGACCGUAAAGUAUGGCUGCUCUUUGACUACGCAGAACAUGAUCUCUGGCACAUUAUCAAGUUUCACAGAGCGUCAAAGGCCAACAAGAAGCCACUUCAGCUGCCCAGGGGAAUGGUCAAGUCUUUGCUCUACCAGAUUUUGGAUGGCAUCCAUUAUCUUCACGCUAACUGGGUCCUCCACAGAGACCUGAAACCAGCAAACAUUCUAGUGAUGGGAGAGGGGCCUGAGAGGGGUAGAGUAAAGAUUGCCGACAUGGGGUUUGCUCGUCUCUUCAAUUCACCGCUGAAGCCUUUAGCCGAUCUGGACCCUGUGGUGGUCACUUUCUGGUACAGAGCGCCUGAACUGCUGCUGGGGGCCCGGCACUACACCAAAGCCAUCGACAUCUGGGCCAUUGGCUGCAUUUUUGCGGAGCUGCUGACGUCUGAGCCCAUUUUCCACUGUCGCCAGGAGGAUAUCAAGACCAGCAACCCCUACCACCACGACCAACUGGAUCGCAUCUUUAAUGUCAUGGGCUUCCCUGCCGAUAAAGACUGGGAGGACAUUAAAAAGAUGCCAGAACACUCCACACUGAUGAAAGACUUUAGAAGGAACACAUAUACAAACUGCAGCCUUAUAAAGUACAUGGAAAAACAUAAAGUAAAACCAGACAGUAAAGCAUUCCACUUGCUGCAGAAGCUAUUGACCAUGGACCCCAUCCGUAGAAUCACAUCCGAGCAAGCAAUGCAGGACCCUUACUUUUUAGAGGAGCCCCUGCCCACCUCUGAUGUGUUUGCAGGCUGUCAGAUUCCAUACCCCAAAAGAGAGUUCCUGACAGAGGAGGAGCCAGAGGACAAGGCAGACAAAAAGAACCAGCAGCAGCAACAGGGAAACAACCACACAAAUGGGGCGGGGCACACCGGGAACCCCGACAAUAGCCACGCCCAGGGCCCGCCUCUGAAGAAAGUGCGAGUUGUCCCUCCCACCACUACCUCAGGUGGCCUCAUUAUGACCUCAGACUACCAGCGCUCCAAUCCACAUGCUGCCUACCAGAACCCUGGACCAAGCACAUCACUGCCCCAAAGCAGCAUGGGAUACUCCUCUACCUCCCAACAGCCACCCCAGUACUCCCAUCAGACCCACCGCUACUGAAUCACCCCUCACACACACACACAAGCAUCGUUUCUUCGACACGUACACACCCGGCCCUCGUCACGCCCACCUGAACGAAUGUACUGAAGAACGUGGGGGUGUCCAAAGCAACAAACCGUCACCUUCUUUGCAGCAGUACGUCAGGCCAGAUCUACAACGUCCUCACCUGUUCCAGAUAACACAGCACAACCCAAGUAUUAGGAAAAACAUUAUACAGCAAAACCUGAUGGGUCAAACAAGACGCAGGAGGAUGAUGAGAAAGGACACAUGAUUGAAUCCAAGCUGUUUCCGUUACCAGGACAUCAUUAAUCUUUUCUAAACAAGACAGCUCCGAGUAGAGGACUCUGCUCCUCUCCUGUCAACCCCACCUACACCCAACCCCAGCCAGCUCCCCUCUUUCCCUCAGAGUCUGGAUGAGACUGAAAGCUGCUAUGUGACUGCCAGCAUUGACAGAUCCCCAGUCCGUCUGUCCGAUUUAUUUAGCAUUUAUGGUCCUGUGAGGGCCUCAGCUGAGGACUGAACGGAGCUGCUGUGAAGCAAACAGGGAGGACGCAGAGCCCCCGCAAAUGUGGUGUGGAGGGCUUUCUUCAGAGGGGACAAAAAAAAAAGAAAAAAGACAAAAAAUUAUUUUAGUAGUUUAUAAUUUAAUCUGUUUUCAUGGUUUUGUUUUCAUGGCAAGAUUGGCAUGGAAGCUGGCCUGAAUUUGAGCACUGGGCAGCUGAAUGCUGUGGGUAAGCCUUACAACAUGAGGACAAAACCAACCGUGCGCAUGGAGGACGAAAGAUGGAACAUGCAUUGUACUGUAUUGUAUUGAAAUAUUUUACAUGAAACAAGUAUCCUGACAAUAAAAAUGGAAACAU